CACUGACAUUCACGCUCACUGCUGAGUAGUCGGUAUCUUUCGGUCCAUGCGGCUUGUAAGAGACGCUAAUGGAUGUGACUAAUUAUUUUUCAUUCCACUCUGAAAGCAAGGCGCAUUCGAUUUUUCUUUGAUUCGAUUUUUUGUUUAAAAAACGUAUUAUUAAGAAUUUAUUACUUGUCGUGUGUUGUCGCCUCUGCGAGCUGUCCGGUGGCUCUCUCCAAUCCUCCCAGCUGGACAGAGAUGAGUAGUCCCGAUGCGGGUUACGCCAGCGACGAUCAGACCCAGGGAAGGUGUACGCUGUCAGUCAUGAUGCCUGGAAUGGGACACUGCCAGUGGGCCGACCCUCUCAGUCCUCUUGGGGACACAAAAGUGAAAAACGAGCCGUGCGCGUCCAGCUCCGGCAGCCAGAAUCGCGGGAAAAGCGAACCUCGGAUCCGACGGCCCAUGAAUGCGUUUAUGGUCUGGGCAAAGGAUGAGCGCAAGAGACUGGCGCAGCAAAACCCGGACCUGCACAACGCAGAGCUGAGCAAAAUGCUGGGGAAAUCAUGGAAAUCGCUUCCUAUAACAGAAAAGCAGCCUUUUGUGGAAGAGGCAGAGCGGCUGCGGGUCCAGCACAUGCAGGACCACCCCAACUACAAGUACCGGCCCCGGCGGCGGAAGCAGGUGAAGAGGAUUAAGAGGCUGGACUCGGGCUUUCUGGUCCACGGCGUGUCAGAUCACACGGCCUCAUCGAUGCCCGGGGAGAGCAGGGUGUGUGUGGAUAGCCUUGGCAUUGGCUACCAUGAGCACGGCUUCCAGGUUCCUCCACAGCCGCUCAGUCACUACCGUGAUGCUCAGGCUCUUGGAGGCCCCUCUUAUGAAACCUACAGCCUGCCCACGCCUGACACCUCUCCCCUGGACGCUGUGGAGUCAGAGUCCAUGUUCUUUCCUCCACAUUCACAAGAGGAUUGUCACAUGAUGCCUGCAUACUCUUACCAGUCACAAGCCGCAGAAUUUCAGCCCCAGGACCCCCUCUCCAACCACCACAGCAACGCCAUCGUGCACCGACACCCAGCCUCGGCUCAAGAGCAGCCCCCUCAGCUCCCCCCUUCGUACAUGGGGUGCCCCAACCCUUUAGCCAUGUAUUACACUCACCACUGCAAUCCCAGUCACACCAAACGGCACCCCGGUGGAGCAGGACAGCUCUCCCCACCUCCUGACGCUCACCCUCACUCAGCAGACAGCGUGGAGCAGAUGCACCACUCUGACCUGAUAGGUGAGGUAGACCGCAGCGAGUUCGAGCAGUAUUUGAGUUCCUCUUCAGCGCGUGCGGACAUGACAGGCUUGCCGUACGGGUCACACGAGGCAGGCAUGCAAGGACCUGAAAGCCUCAUAUCAUCGGUGCUGUCAGACGCCAGCACAGCUGUGUAUUACUGUAGCUACAACAACUCCUAACCUCCUGCCCGGCCUGUUACCCUGCUACAAGGACACAUGCUCUGACCUCAAAUCUCUGUAGCUAAAUCUGAACAAAAAAUGUUUGUUUUUUUUCAACUACUGAAGCAGGAGGUUUAGGAGAUUUUAAACCCAGCUUUGUACUGUAGAAGAACAGUUAAUAAAGCCAUUGAAGAUUUUAGUAGGAACACUGGCUUGAACUUUUCUCUUCCUCUCUCGCAGGGAUAUGAAGUCAUUUUGUGAUGAUAAAUAUUGUACAGUCACUAUUUUAAAGUUUAUGUAUAUACUGAAUGUUUUUUUUAUACUUUUGCACUUUUGAGAAAUAAAUGUUUGCAAGU